AUGGAACUCCGUACAUACUCACUCGGACACGUCUUCCCCCCUGAGGAUCGCAGGCUCACCCAUUUUAGGCCUGUUUUUGCUGACUACAUCGUGUACGAGCAGCACCGUCACGAGUUCAUGAACCAGCCUCGCGCAAGAGCGGCUUUUCUUCAUGGUGGCCUCAUAUGGCGGCUGGCUUUACAUAGUCUUGGGUUCGAUGUUCUCCCCUCCAUUCUCGAUGGCAUUUCAUGGGAAGCGGUACCGUUUGGCCUCAUGCUGGACAUUAAUGGCCAGACUUAUUUUGGUGAUGAGCUGUCAGAAGAGGAGGUAGAUUUCAUGUGCGGGACGUAUUAUUUGCAUACCAACGACGGGAAUGUUGAAAUUGUCUCCUGGUGGCCCAGGCCCCAGGCAUGGGCUGCCUCAGGACUAAACGUGGGGUUCUGGUCCAGUCGCUGUGAAUUUUGGUUUCAGUCACGCCUGGACAACAUUCAACAGGGCGUUUCACGAGAGCGACAUAAAUUCACUAAUGAUGCUAACGGUCCAAUGACUGGCUCGCAGUGGAAAGGCUCACUCAAAUUCAAUGUGGGCACCAACAAAAUGAUGAAAAAUGUCAACGUGGCAUCUUGCAGUUUUCUUGCCACCAAAGCAAGUGGUAAGAAUAAAUUGGUUGUUACUUGUGCAUCUCUAAUCUCCUGCUCAGCUUUUACAGACAAUUAG